AUGGAAGCAAGUCUUUAUAAGUGGUUUUUAAAUCAACGCGAAAAAAAGUGUACAUUAACUGGGCCAAUACUAAAGGAGAAAGCCAAACAAAUAUUCAAAGUGGAAUAUCCCGAUAAAGAUGAAAAUGAAACCGGAUUAUUUUACCGUUGUUUACCUGACAAAACAUACGUCUCUCUUUUCGAGAAAACCGCCCCCGGGUAUAAAAUCCAGAAGGAACGAAUUUCAGUGUUACUUGGUGUAAAUGCUGAUGGAUCACAUAAAUUAAUGCCAUUAGUAAUUGGAAAAGCAAAAAAACCAAGAAGUUUCCAAGGAUUCAAUAAUCCACUCCAUUACAACUUUUCAAAAAAUGCUUGGAUGACAUCUCGGAUUUUUCAUGAUUGGUUUCACAAGAUAUUUAUUCAUGAGGUGAUUCGUUUCUCUCAGGAAAAUAAUUUGCCUCCGAAGGCAAUUUUGCUAAUUGACAACUGCUCUGCUCAUGCACCAAUUGAGAAACUUCAAAGCGACGAUGGAAAUAUAAUUGCAUUUUUCUUUCCACCAAAUGUAACAGCAACUUUACAACCAAUGGAUCAGAAUCCUAUUAAGUUAACCAAGCUAAACUACAGAAGUAUGGUUCUUUCUCAAUUAAUUGCUGAAGGAGGUGACCUCAAGGUUCGCUUGAAAUCCUUUUCAAUUCGAAAUGCAAUCAUGCUAUUAAAGCAAGCUUGGUAUGAUGUUCCAGAAAGAGUAAUAAAAAAGUCCUGGUCAAAGUUGAACAACUGGGACUCUGAUCAGUAUGAAAGUGAUGACGAUGAUGUGCCACUAGCACAGCUACUGCAAAAAGAUCAAGACUGCAAUGGAGCUCUUCAGGCAGCUCAAGCACUUUUAACAGAAAUAGAGCCAACUAAUAACAUUAGCAUACCAGAAAUUGAAAUAUGGAACAAUGAUGUGCUUGAUGACGACCCUGCACAUGAUCUCAAUAGCGAUGAUGAGUCUUCAGGUAGCAGCGAAUUUGAUGACCGGGAGGUCUUACCAGUUGUCUCUACUUCUACAGCCAUUGAAAGCGUCAAUAAUUUAAUAAAAUGGUGUACUUAUAGUGAAUCGUUUUCCGCAAAGCACACAAGCAAUCUGCUAGCUCUUCGCAAUGAGAUUGUUAUUGCAGAAACAAAUAAAAGGAAGAAGCAAACAGCAAUAACAGACUACAUGCCUGCAAAUUAG